AUAUUUUUAGCAAGAAGCAUCUGCGUAUAAAGCAGAGAGACAGCGAGAAAAAGCAAAAAUGGCGAAUGUUGUUGUAGCUCUGUAUUAGAGAGCAAGCAAGCUUCAAAACCCCACCAUUUUCUUCUCUCUUUCUCCAUCUCUCUCUCUGUAACACUUUAUAUAUAAUUUAUAUACACAUGAUUUGUCUAUCUUUUUUGUUCCAUUCCGAUCUUCCCUGCUAAACCCUACCAGUUCUACUGAAUUCAACAAGCCUAUCUGCUCCAAUUUCGGUCGUUUAAGACACAAUUUGAUGUCGCUGGAUUGAAUUUUGAAAACUGAAGUCGCUUGAGGAUGGCAGCCGAGGGUCCAUUGUCGUUUUCGGUAGCAUCUGUGAUGGAAGAUGUUCUUCAACAGCAUGAUAAUCGACCUCGAGAUCUGGAUUUGGAUUCUCGUAGAGCUGAGGAGGCUGCAACGAGAAGGUAUGAAGCCGCUGCUUGGCUGAGAAAAAUGAUUGGAGUUGUUGGGGCAAGAGAGUUGCCUGCACAGCCUUCUGAGGAAGAAUUCAGGCUUGCUUUAAGAAGUGGACUACUUCUCUGUUUAGUGAUCAAUAAGGUUGAUCCAGGAGCUGUGCCUAAGGUGGUUGAAAGUCCAUGUGAUUCAGUUGCUGUGCCUGAUGGAGCAGCUUUAUCUAUAUAUCAGUGUUUUGAAAACGUGAGAAACUUUCUUGUGGCUGUAGGACAAAUGGGACUCCCUACCUUUGAACCAUCUGACUUGGAACAGGGAGGGAAGUCAUCUAAAAUCGUGAAUUGUAUUCUAGCACUCAAAUCCUACAACGAGUGGAAACAAACAGGUGGCAAUGGGUCUUGGAAAUUUGGUGGAAAUGUGAAAACCAUCACAUCUGGCAAGAACUUCAUACGCAAAAACUCAAACUCAGAACCAUUCAAAAACUACUCAAGGAAUAUGUCAAUGCCUGAAACAUCCACCAAUGUUCAAUCUGUUGAAACUGAGAAUAGCAAAAUGCCUAAUUCAUCAUUAAACAUGCUUGUUCGUGCAGUUCUAUUGGAUAAGAAACCUGAUGAGGUUCCCAUGCUUGUAGAAUCUGUGCUAAGUAAGGUCAUGGAAGAGUUUGAGAAUCGAAUCACUAGUCAAGUUGAAUUGAAACUUGCAGCUGCUAAAGAUACCACUAAUGGAAACAUGACUCUUUUAAAAACUACUUCUGGUGAUAUGAAGUUGAAGACAGAAGACAAAAAGCUUGUGAAAGAUCAAAAUCUUCAUAAGAAGUCGAUCUCUGAUGAAGAAACGAAAAGAAAACAGCUGAAACUACAAUCGGCUUUUGAUGUACAGGAAAGAGAUAUCAAGGAGCUGAAACAAACUCUUACAAUCACAAAAGCUGGGAUGCAGUUCAUGCAAAUGAAAUUCCAUGAGGAGAUUCAGAAUCUUGGUCUGCACAUUCAUGGUCUAGCUAGUGCUGCUUCUGGGUAUCAUAGAGUUCUUGAGGAAAACCGAAAGCUAUAUAAUCAGGUCCAAGAUCUUAAAGGAAAUAUUAGAGUUUAUUGUCGGGUGAGACCCUCUUUAGGAGGACGAUCGGAUUUCAAGAGUGUUGUGGAUAGCAUUGAAGAAGGAACAAUUACCAUUAAUACCCCUGCAAAAUACGGAAAAGGAUCUCGAUCAUUUAACUUCAACAAAGUAUUUGGUCCCUCAUCAACCCAAGCUGAGGUCUUUGCAGAUACUCGACCUUUAAUUCGAUCUGUUCUCGAUGGUUACAAUGUCUGUAUCUUUGCAUAUGGUCAAACUGGAUCCGGAAAAACACAUACAAUGACUGGACCAAAGGAUCUUACAGAGACAAGUCAAGGAGUCAACUAUCGAGCAUUGAGUGAUUUGUUUUUUAUUGCUGAACAAAGGAAGGAUACCCUGCAAUACGAUGUCUCUGUUCAAAUGAUUGAGAUUUAUAAUGAGCAAGUUCGGGAUCUCCUCGUUACUGAGGGUUUAAACAAAAGAUUAGAAAUUCGUAACAAUUCACAGAAUGGAUUCAAUGUUCCAGAUGCUAGCCUGGUCCACGUGGCAUCGAUGUAUGAUGUUAUUGAUCUGAUGAAAUUAGGGCACAAAAAUCGUGCUGUUGGUGCAACUGCUCUAAAUGAUCGUAGUAGUCGCUCUCACAGCUGUUUGACUGUACAUGUCCAAGGGAGAGACGUAACAUCUGGAGCUGUUCUACGUGGUUGUAUGCAUUUGGUUGAUUUAGCAGGAAGUGAAAGAGUAGACAAAUCUGAAGUGGCUGGAGACAGACUAAAAGAGGCACAACAUAUCAAUAAAUCUCUUUCAGCAUUAGGCGAUGUCAUUUCUUCACUUGCUCAAAAGAACGUACAUGUGCCUUACAGAAACAGCAAACUCACGCAGUUACUUCAAGAUUCACUUGGAGGACAAGCAAAGACAUUGAUGUUUGUUCACAUAAGCCCCGAAUUGAAUGCUGUUGGUGAAACACUUAGUACACUUAAGUUUGCUGAGCGAGUUGCAACUGUUGAACUCGGUGCUGCUCAAGUACAUAAAGAUACUAGUUCAGAUGUGAAAGACCUCAAAGAACAGAUUGCAAAUCUUAAGGCGGCUCUUGCAAAGAAAGAAGGGGAUCAGGAACAGAAAGUAUCUGGAAGUCCAGGUGGCAAGCAGCUAUCAUCACGUUCUCCUCCUUACUUAAACGGAGAUCCCUACACUGAACCCAAGCCUCGUAGAAAACCACAAACAGAUGUAGUAGUACCCAACUUUGAGAUGGAUAAAAAAAGUAGGUCGAGGCAGAAGACACAAAGCUUCGAUUUGGACGAACUGUUGGCAAAUUCACCUCCAUGGCCUCCGGUAAUAAGUAGUAGCCCUUGUGAGACGACGUAUGGAGAAGAAGAUGAUAGAGACAUGAUGGGGUCUGCUGAUUGGGUUGAUAAAGUCAUGGUUAACAAGCAAGACGCAGCUGCAGCAGCAGCACGAUGUUGGGAAGCAGAAAAUAACGGUGGAGUUUACCAAUCUUAUAAUAUCGGAUUCCAAGGUGUAAAUGGUUUUGAGAUCGCGACUACUGAUGGUGCCGAUGAACAUGAACUGGACGCCGCCACCAGCGACUCAUCUGAGCCGGAUCUUCUUUGGCAGUUCAAUCAUUCAAAACUCCCGAUCUUGCCCAAUUCCACCGUCUCAAGGCUUAAUAAUUCCAACGGAAAACCAACAAAGAGCCCAGAUCUCAGGUCAAUGAUUCCGAGACUUGGGCCGUCUCCGUCGCGGAAACCGACCGGUCAGGCUCCGGCUCCGCAGCGAGGUGGGAGGCAAGGAGCUGUCGCCGGCGCUGAAAUGAAGAGGAAGGCUGGGACAAGGAAGUAGUCAAAGGGGGUAAGUAAAGUAACAGUUCCGAUUUCUUUGAUUUUUUUGAUUUUUUUUUCCCAUAUAGAGAGUGAGUGAGAGUGAUGAGAGGGCUUAACCACGUUUUUUUUAUUUUUUUUUUGUUUUCUUUUUUAUUGGGCUUUGAUGAACUGUUAAAGUGAAACAGUUGUUGUAAAUGGGGCAAUUAUACCAGUUGCUUGUAUCUGUUUGCUACAGUGGUUUUGGACAUAAAAUAGAACCCUAUAAUUCAUGCGAUA